AUGGAUGAAUACUAUACGUCUUUUGAAAACAACAAYGAAGGACUUUUUUCRCUUUCUUCUCUUGUGUCUGGAGUAUGUUCUGUGUCAUCUACUCAUGACACAGGAAACCCAAKCAACCAACCCUUUGAACAACACAACAAGUCCAGCUUGAUUGACAYURGUGAYAUUAAAACAGAGAAUGACACAAGUAGCUGUGAUUUAAUCGAUCAACAGCAAAACAACGGCAGUUUACUAGAAAGUGUUGCUGYGCAAAGCARCCWAWCAGUGACAAGUGAUUCAUCAGCUUUGGAACAASAACUUGAUGGCCAGAUUGGUCAGGAGGGAAUGCAUAGCUUUGAAGGUUUGAUUGAUAUCAACAACAUUAAAAAAGAAUCUAUCAAUAAUUUUGCAGAUAACUGCCAACCAACUGGUGAUUCUGAAUGUGAUUCUACGCAGAACAUACAAGCAUCUACCAGUGACUUGAAGGACUCUGAGUGUGUCCUUUGCGUGCAGUGCAACAAAUGCGAUAUCAAAGAUCAAUAUCUACAAUUUGAAAACAGAGAACUACAAGAAGGUGAAAAUAAAGAAGAGCGACAACCUACUAACAUUAAAGAACAACAGCAACAUGGCAAUGAAGAUGUACAGCAACACAGCGAUAUCAAAGAACAAUAUCGACAAGUUGACAACAGAGAACUACAACAAGGUGAAAAUAAAGAGCAACAACUUACUUACAGUGAAGAACAACAACAACAUGCCAAUGAAAGCGUACAACAACAUAGCAAUUUCAAAGAACAAGAUCAGCAAAUUGACAGCGAAGAACUACAACAAGGUGAAAUUAUACUAGAGCGUCAACCUAACAACAGCAAAGAACAGCAACAUAAAUGUAUUAACACAGAACAUCAAUGUAGAAAAUGUAAUAAAUGGUUUAUUAGAACAAUAAGAGAUGUACARCAUGAUAAUCAUCAUCAACAUGGUGACAGCUUGGAACGACAGCAGCUAACAGACAGCGAAAAGCAACUACAAGCUGAGAGGAACGAGGAACGAGGAGGUGACAGCAACAAGCAGGAUUGUGACAAUAAGAGUGAGCAACAGYUUCAACAAGUUGACAGCAAAAUUCCAGAACUUCUUUCAACUAAUACGGACCUUAGGUCCAUUGUUCCAUUUUGUACUAUUUGCUCCAUCUGGUUUAGUACAAAGAAGGAACUGGAAAGUCAUCAAGAAAGAAAGCACAAAGAUAAUACUAGCAAUACAUCCAAUUUUGCUGUUGUAAACGAGCAUUAUAGGURUUUUAGUUAUAGUGAACAACAUGGUGACAGCAGCACAGAGCAACAAAAACGUAAACAACCUGGUGACAGUGGGAACCAGGAUUGUAGCAGCAGCAACAAGCGACAACGAGUUGAUAACAAUGAUCCACAGCAAAGUGACCUUGCUUCCAUAGUUCCAUUUUGUGCUGUUUGCACYAUCUGGUUUAGCACGAGGAAGGAGCUGAAGGAUCACCAAGAACUGCAUGCUGGGAACGAGGAUGGAUUAGAUCACCAGAUUACAGACCGUGUCAAUUCCACCAGUGUUGCACCACACCAGGAGGUGGAUAACCAGAGCGACAUACAGAAUUUAAACAUAKUUUUCAAGUGUGUGUUCUGUGAAAUGUCUUUUACAAAUAGUCAAGACUUAGAUUGCCAUCAACAGAGGCACAUUGAAAGACCAUACAAGUGUACGCAAUGUGGUAUGGGAUUUGCAGAGAAGACCCUUUUAGAAAGCCAUCACGAUCAAUGCUGGCCAUUUAGAUGCAAUGUCUGCUUUCAAAAAUUUGACAUCGAAGAGAGUAUCGAAAGCCACAGUCUAAUAAUGCACAAGGACAGCCAAAUACAAGAAAUUUACAAAUGUGGCACAUGUCUUAAAGGWUUUCCCAGAAUAAGGUCAUUGAAGAAUCACAUUCAGCUACGCAAAACACGUGAUCCAUGCGUCUUAAAGUGCCACAUUUGUCAUAAGGAAUGUAAAACUGGAGAAGUUCUAGGAGAGCAUUUUUCUCAGGAACACAAAGAAACUAGCGUUUUAAAGUGCCUGCUUUGCGAUGAAGAAUUUGACUCGGGCCGCUCGUACACGAAACAUUGUCAAGAACAACACAAUGGAGAGCAAAGRAGGCAUACUAGUGCUAAACCACAGUGCCCAAUUUGCAACAAAGAGUUUCUUUAUCCAAGUUCUCUGACUAAGCAUACGAUGGUCCACACUGGAGAAAAAUCAUUUGCCAAGCCAGCUGAAAAGUUUGAAUGCACAGUUUGCGGUGAAAUGUUGAAUAACGGGAUCUCUUUCUGGAUCCACUUUUAUAAACACUCCAACGGMAAACCAUUCAAAUGCUCAAUUUGUGGAGAAGGCUUUGUACAUCAGAACUCGUUGAAGAUUCAUUCGAAAACGCACAUUGGAGGGAAAAUGUUCAAAUGCAAAUUUUGCCACAUUCAUUUCCAAUGCAGGAAGACCUUUGAAAAUCAUGUUAUGAAGCACAAAGCUCAAAAAUUUAAGUGCAAUGUUUGCAAUUCUGUCUUCAAAUACAAGGCGACCUAUGAUUUGCACCUGUGUAAACCCGCGUCAGGGCUGAAACCAUUUGAAUGUAUGAUUUGCAAUAGAACCUAUAGAUACAAGCGUAAUUUAACUGCUCAUUACGCUGAUAAGCACACAGGA